AGUUUGUUCAUUGAUUUCAAUUAAGGCGAUGAAGAUUACAUGGGAAUUUCUAGUUCCUAGAUGUUGUAUAUCCGAAAAACCAAAGACAUCGAAAUUGGUAUCGAAACAGAGUACAUUUCAUCGGAUUUCAGUUUCAGAUUUCAGUAAUUCGACGAUUUCAGAAGAUUUAUCAAUAUCAUUAGCUGGUUCAAAUCUUCAUGUUUUCAGUGUUCAAGAACUGAAAGUUAUUACUCAGAAUUUUUCUUCAAGUAAUUUCCUUGGGGAGGGAGGUUUUGGACCAGUUCAUAAAGGUUUUAUUGAUGAUAAACUUAGACCUGGUCUAAAACCUCAACCUGUCGCUGUAAAAUUUUUAGAUUUAGAUGGCACUCAAGGUCAUAGAGAAUGGCUGACAGAAGUGAUAUUUUUGGGGCAAUUGAGACAUCCACAUCUGGUGAAGUUGAUUGGAUAUUGUUGUGAAGAGGAACACAGGCUGUUGGUCUAUGAAUAUAUGCCCAGAGGGAGCUUGGAGAAUCAACUUUUUAGAAGAUAUUCUGCAUCACUUCCAUGGUCAACGCGGAUGAAAAUAGCACUUGGAGCUGCAAAAGGCUUAGCUUUCCUCCAUGAAGCUGAAAAACCAGUCAUAUAUCGUGAUUUCAAGGCUUCAAAUAUCUUGUUAGACUCAGAUUACAAUGCCAAACUCUCUGAUUUUGGACUUGCUAAAGAUGGCCCACAAGGAGAUGACACACACGUCUCCACCCGAGUCAUGGGAACACAAGGCUACGCUGCUCCUGAAUACCUCAUGACCGGUCAUUUGACCGCAGCAAGUGAUGUAUAUAGUUUCGGAGUAGUACUACUGGAGCUUCUAACUGGGAGAAGAUCCGUAGAUAAAACUCGUCCAAACAGAGAACAAAAUUUAGCAGAUUGGGCAAGACCACAAUUGAAAGAUGCACGUAAAUUAGCUAGAGUAAUUGAUCCAAGAUUAGAAGGUUUAUAUUCAUCAGAAGGAGUUCAAAAAGCAGCAUAUGUAGCUUACCAAUGCUUAAGCCAUAGGCCAAAAGCUAGACCAGAUAUGACUACAGUUGUCAAAACACUUGAAACAUUGAAGGAUUAUAAGGAUAUUUCAACAAUGACAUUUGUCUAUAUAGCUCCAGUACUUGAUCAAGACAAACAAAGUCCUCAAAGGGAAUUACUCAACAAAACAAAUACCAAUACAAAAAGUUCACAUAAGAAAUUAACUCCAAAUUUACCAUUGCACAAUGAUUUCCAUAGAGCUUAAAUAAUUGUAUACAUCCACAUUUUUUUUAUCUUUACCUCAAAAUUCUUUAUUUUUUUUAUUGAAUGUAUUUGCUAGAGAUUUGUUUGGCAGUUGAACGUUUCGGAAGAAAAAUUCAGUGUUAUAAA